AUGAUUCUCUACAGAGAACCGACAGACACCUUCCUGCGGACAGACCGUGAGCCUUUCACCAGGACAGUCCUCCCCUCUCAUCAGUGCCAACUACCCCCAAAGUUAUCCGACAUAUCAUUUUUGCAACUGGCAGUUCUCGUGCCCAGUGAGCAUGACGCUGCAAUGCUCCUCGUUCCGACUAUCAUCGUCCUGUGCACAGUCUCCCUUCUACUACAACAGCAUAAUUGUCUGUGGGUCUUCAACGGUACUUCUGAGCCCGCAGAAUGUCGGAAGCAGUCUGAGAAUUUUGUUUUACAGUAUUGGGACAAGUGGACCAGGAUUCUCAUGCUCUGUUACGUGCGGCACGGGCACAAAUACGACUUCUACUACCGCUCGUCCACCAUCCACGACACGCCCACCAUCUACGACACGUCCACCAUCCACGACACGUCCACCAUCUACCACUACACUCCGACCGUCUACUUCGGCUUCACCGUCUUGCGGUAA